UGACAAACAAAAAAGGAGGCUGUAUCAGUAAAAAGUGAAAAGGCGUUGCAAUAAAAAAAUAUUAAAAAUUCUCAAUAAAAAGGGUCAUUUCGUGACAAGAAAGAAGGAAAAAUUAAGCUAUCACUUUUCCUCUCUCGAGCUUCAGCUUUAGGGCAACAAUGUCUCUAUAUCUGAAGCCCUUGCUCUUCCUAUACGACUCCACUCUUAGCCUUCUCUUGCUUCUAUUCAGUGGAUGGAGUCUUGAAGAUGCAGCAGCAGCCCACGAGAGGCUUGAAGCAGACAAUAAUGCUGCAGAAUCGGAAUGGAGGCAAAUCCAAUAUUUGUGGAGAAAAACGAGGAGUCUUGUGCUUCUUCCAGUUUUCAAGGGUUUGGUGGUUUUGUGCUUGGUUAUAUCCAUCAUAGUGUUCUUAGAGAGCUUUUACAUGAACUUUGUCAUACUCUUCGUCAAGUUAUUUAGACGUAAACCCGAGAAAGUGUACAAAUGGGAAGCCAUGCAAGAAGAUGUCGAGGUUGGACCCCAAAACUAUCCAAUGGUUCUUGUCCAAAUACCAAUGUACAACGAAAAAGAGGUCUUUCAGUUAUCUAUAGCGGCAGUGUGCAGUAUGUUAUGGCCAUCGACCCGUCUAGUAGUGCAAGUUGUAGAUGAUUCUACAGAUCCGGUCGUAAGGGAAGGUGUGGACAUAGAGAUUGCAAAAUGGCAAAGCCAAGGCAUAAACAUAAGGUGUGAAAGAAGAGAUAACAGGAACGGGUACAAAGCGGGAGCUAUGAAAGAAGCUCUUACGCAUAACUACGUCAAGCAAUGCGACUUUGUGGCCGUCUUCGAUGCCGAUUUCCAGCCCGAGCCCGAUUACCUCAUGCGUGCCGUCCCCUUCCUCGUUCACAACCCUGAUGUUGCUCUCGUUCAAGCCCGGUGGAUCUUUGUGAACGCGAACGAAUGCUUGAUGACGAGGAUGCAAGAGAUGUCCCUCAACUACCAUUUCAAAGUGGAACAAGAAUCAGGGUCUACUAGACAUGCUUUCUUUGGUUUCAAUGGAACCGCGGGUGUAUGGAGAAUAUCGGCUAUAGAAGCAGCUGGAGGAUGGAAUUCAAGGACCACAGUAGAAGAUAUGGACUUGGCUGUUCGUGUUGGUCUUCACGGCUGGAAAUUUGUCUUUCUCAAUGACCUCACGGUGAGAAACGAGCUUCCAAGCAAAUUCAAGGCCUACAGAUUCCAACAACAUAGGUGGUCCUGUGGUCCGGCGAAUCUAUUCAGAAAAAUGACGAUGGAGAUCAUUUACAACAAGAGAGUAACAAUCUGGAAGAAGUUCUAUGUGAUCUACAGUUUUUUCUUCAUAAGGAAAGUGGCAGUACACUUCUUGACAUUCUUCUUCUACUGUAUAAUUGUGCCAACAAGUGUCUUCUUCCCUGAAAUCCACAUCCCAUCUUGGUCCACCAUUUACAUUCCCUCUUUGAUCAGUAUCUUCCACACCAUGGCAACUCCAAGAUCUUUCUACCUCGUGCUAUUUUGGAUUCUGUUCGAGAAUGUAAUGGCUAUGCAUCGAUCCAAAGGAACUUGCAUUGGCCUACUUGAAGGAGGAAGAGUGAACGAAUGGGUUGUGACCGAGAAACUGGGAGAUUUGAAGAAGAAGUUACUCUCUCAGGUCGUCCCACGUAAAUCUUGUUAUGAAAGAAUAAAUUCAAAGGAAGUGAUGGUGGGGAUAUACAUAUUAGGAUGUGCAUUCUAUGGACUGAUCAAUGGCCACACAUGGUUACAUUUUUAUCUUUUUCUUCAGGCCACUGCCUUUUUCGUCUCCGGUUUUGGUUUUAUCGGUACUUAAGAACCUUCCCCGUUAUUUCAUCACCACAUGAAUAAUAUUGUCCAUGUAUUAUUUAUAUUAUUUACUGUUUUAUUCAUUGUUACACCAUUGUAUCUCAUAUCAUAUUGUUUAAUGAAUAAGACGUUUUGUUUAAAUUUGAAUAAUGGGAAAACAAUUCACUCAGGAAUUUUUAUUUAUUAAA